UGAGCGAAACGAAUUGGGUAGUUGUAGUUGGCACCGCUUUGGUUAUUGCGAGCAGCAGCAAAAAGCACAGCACAAUAGUGUGAGGCGAGGGCGAGCCCCCCUCUCGGGCCGGUGGAGCUCGCUCCGGCGGCUCCCGUUGCUACUGUUGGCGCUGCGGCGGAAUGUAGACGGAGCGGUAUCGGCAGUCUGGUUUCAUACAUGGACUUCAAUAGUUCGGCGCGGGCAAACUCGGCAAGAGCUUGCAAGAUCGACAGCUACGUCCGCUGUACGCCGGUGGCAGAGAGUGUGUUUUUGUCUGUUUUGUGUGACUAAUUCGCAACCCGCAAUCGGUGCUGUGCUUGGCCUCGCUGAUGAGCUUUAAAAUCAAUCAAGGCGACUCUAAUCAAUAUCACCAGGUCAACGAGGUAUAAUGACUGGAUCAGUCCACGACCCGAAAUGGAGCCUGGAGCGACGCGAGUCGUCGGGACAUUUGGUUUGGCGCAAGGAGUCGCCAGAAUCGAAAGUGCGCUUUCGGUUUGAUGUCGAGGUCCUGGAGUUUGAAAAGCAUCCACACGAAGAGUUUGAGGAAAAAGAAGAUCACUUCUCAACCUCAAAUCUUUCAACGACAAUUGCUUUGUGCGCCACAUGUGUCGCCGUUGUUGCCGCAUCUGUGUUUCUACCCUGGUAUCUUAUGGAGAGAGUUGGUUCAAUAUGAAAGCUUUCGGUAAAGGGCUUAAAUACAUUUAUGUACUAUAUGUACAUACAUCCGAUCCGUGACGGUAUUAAAUAGACUUUUGUGUAUAUGCAAUGUAGAUUUUAAAUUAGCUUAAAGUGUAAAUAGUGCAGUGUAAAUAUGACUAUACGAAGAAAGAGCGUUUUUGAAAAUGAUGUGACUUAUGUAUAUCAGUUUUGAAAUGAGGAUUAUAGGAUCUGAUCUACAAAUUCUCAUAAGUAUAUUUGAGGUGUAGCUAAUGUCAGAUCAAAUGCUGUUGCAGGAGAUCACAAAGACAAUGUAAUAAAUAAACAAAAUACAUACUUGCCUUUAA